AUGGGCUCCAAAAAUUCGGUGCCCGACAAAAAAUCGGUGAAAAUCAAAGAUUUUCAGAUUUUGAACGCUUAUCAGGUGAGAAAAUAGAUAUUUUUUUGUAGAAAAAAACAUAUUUUGAAUAAAAAUUGGGGUUUUUUCAUGGAAAAAAAGCUUUAUUUUCAUUUUUAAAAUGGGAUUUUAGGAAAAAAAUUAAAAUUUUACACACAGAAAUCAAUAAUACGUCAAGCUUGGAAGCACAUGUCGGUGAAAGGUCCGUCGAAUUGUGGAAGUACAAUUACACGUCGAAUGAUGGCCCGAAAAUGUACGAUUGGCGAUGUUUUGGAUCGAAAUUCGAUUGAUUAUCAUAAUUUGGAGAUUGUGGAAUUUUUACAGAAAAGUGAGUGGGAGGGAAUCUGGAAAAAAAAUGAAUUUUUUUAGAAAUAUUGAGAAUUUUCUGAUUUUUUAAAGGCGGUGCAUCGUUGUUUUUUGUAUAUUUAUAAACAAUGCUCCGCAUUUACACUGCAUUGGAAAAUAAUCUCGUUUUUAUGACAAAUUUACUGUAUCCAAGUGGAAUUUUUUUCCGAAAUAAAAUUUGUGCCAAAAAUCCAGAAUUUUGAAAUUUUCCCCACAAAUAAUCUCAUCCACGUGGCAAAAUUUUGUUCGGGAAAACAAUUUUUUUUUUGAAUUUUGAAAGUUUCGCGCUGAAAAAAUCCUAAUUUUAACUACCAGCAAAUCAGUUUUUGAAAAUUAAAAAAUUAAUUUAAGACGUGAAUUUUUAUGAAAUUCAUUUUCAGAAAAAUUAAAAUUUCGAGAAUAUUUAAUCAAAUUUCAGACAUGAACUAUGAUUUUGUCUAAAAGUUUCAAAUAUUUUUUUUGCAAAGCAAAAUCCAAAUUUUUUGGAUGAAUUUCAGAUUUUCUAAUGGAGAAAGUUUUCGGAAAGAGAAUUUUUCAGCCAUUUUCAGAGUUUGGGCAAAAAAAUUUUUUUUUAAUUUUUGAAAUUUAACAACAUUUUUUUUCAUUUUUGUGUGGAAAAAAUAGGUUUUCGACAUUUUCUGAAUCGAAUUUUUUUGUCAAAAAAAAUUUUUUUAUUACAUUUUUAGACAAAAUCAGAACUUCACAUCUGAAAUUCGAUUAAAAAUUCUCAAAUUUUAAUUUUUCUGAAAAUGAAUUUCAUAAAAAUGCACGUCUUAAAUUAAUUUUUUUUUUGAAUUUCUGGUAGUUAAAACUAGGAUUUUUCAGCGCGAAACUUUCAAAAUUCAAAAAAAAAAUAAUUUGUUUUCCUGAACAAAAUUUUGCCACGUGGAUGAGAUUAUUUGUGGGGAAAAUUUCAAAAUUUUGAAUUUUUGGCACUAAUUUCAUUUGGGAAAAAAUUCCAAUGCAUUGUAAAUGCGGAGCAUUGUUUAAAUAUACAAAAAACAACGAUGCUCCGCCUUUAAAAAAUCAUAAAAUUCUCAAUGGAGCGCACUUGAAUUUUGCAGUCAUGCAAAACCUCGACGACCCUCCAAAAAAUCGCCGAAAUUUGCAAAAAAAUCGGCCAACAACAUGCGAAAUAUCGAAAAUUGAAGGGAAUGAAGGUGAAAAAUUCAGAAUUUUUUUUUGGAAAAAAUAAUUUCUAGAUUGAUUAUUGGGAUAAAUUGGGCGAGGCGAUCACUGAAACAAUUCGCGAAUAUCAAGGUUGGAAAAUUCAUCGCGAAAGUUUGAGAGCUGCCACUAUUUUGACGUCAUAUGUUGUGGAUCAGUUGAGAUUUGGUGAGCUUUGAAAAGGGGCGGAGCCUGAGCAUGUUUGGGCUCAAAAUGCUCCAAAUUUUUAGACCCAGAAAUCUAGUAUUUUUUAAGGCUGAAGAUGCUCCAAAAAGGGGCGGAGCCUGAGCAUGUUUGAGCUCAAAAUGCUCCAAAUUUUAAAGCUCAUAAUUGUCCUUUUAUUUUAGACUAGAGUCUAGUCAUGUUCGGGCUCAAAAUGCUCCAAAACUAGUCAUGCUCAUAAGUCACUAGAAAUCAUUAAAAAAUUCCGUUUUUGAGCCCGAACAUGACUAGUUUUGGAGCAUUUUGUACCUAGAUUUUGGGUCUAAGAAUUUGGAGCAUUUUAAGCCCGAACAUGACUAGACUCUAGUCUAAAAUUAAAGGACAAUUAUGAGCUUGAAAAUUUGAAGCAUUUUGAGCCUAAACUUGACUAGAGUAUAGUCUGAAUUUUGAAGCAUUUUGAGCCCAAAAAUCUUGUAAACUUACAGGUUAUUCACGUGGAUUACACGCAAAUGGGUCUCGCGAAGAAAUUGAGGAGAAAGUAGAUCAAAAUCCAUAA